UCUACUUAAGCUGCGCGCGGGCCCCGACCCGCCACUCGCCUGGAGCGCGCGGGCGAGGCGGGCGCAGCGCACCGGGGCUCUCGUGGGCGCACUGCUGCGCGCUCGCACCGCGCGGCUCUCGGUGGCCGGCCGCCGCCUGAGCGCAGGGCUCCCGGCUUAUAAGAGCCCGCUGAGGCUUCUGAUCGCGACCCGGCUCCCUGCCACUUGCCCCUUCCGGGCCACCUCUUUUUGGCCAUGGCUUUGGCGGACAGCACCCGAGGAUUACCCAACGGGGGCGGAGGCGGAGGUGGCAGCGGCUCGUCGUCGUCCUCGGCGGAGCCGCCGCUCUUCCCGGACAUCGUGGAGCUGAACGUGGGAGGGCAGGUGUAUGUGACCCGGCGCUGCACCGUGGUGUCCGUGCCCGACUCGCUGCUCUGGCGUAUGUUCACGCAGCAGCAGCCGCAGGAGCUGGCCCGGGACAGUAAAGGCCGCUUCUUUCUGGACCGGGACGGCUUCCUCUUCCGCUACAUCCUGGAUUACCUGCGGGACUUGCAGCUCGUGCUGCCCGACUACUUCCCGGAGCGUAGCCGGCUGCAGCGGGAGGCCGAGUACUUCGAGCUGCCGGAGCUCGUGCGUCGUCUCGGGGCGCCCCAGCAGCCCGGCCCGGGGCCACCGCCGCCGCACUCGCGCCGCGGGGUGCACAAGGAGGGCUCGCUGGGAGACGAGCUGCUGCCGCUGGGCUCCGCGGAGCCCGAGUCGCAGGAGGGCGCCUCGGCCGGGGCGCCGUCGCCCACGCUGGAGCUGGCUAGCCGCAGCCCGUCCGGGGGCGCGGCGGGUCCGCUGCUCACGCCGUCCCAGUCUUUGGACGGCAGCCGGCGCUCCGGCUACAUCACCAUCGGCUACCGCGGCUCUUACACCAUCGGGCGCGACGCUCAGGCGGACGCCAAAUUCCGGCGGGUGGCGCGCAUCACCGUGUGCGGCAAGACGUCGCUGGCCAAGGAAGUGUUUGGGGACACCCUGAAUGAGAGCCGGGACCCCGACAGGCCCCCGGAGCGCUACACCUCGCGCUAUUACCUCAAGUUCAACUUCCUUGAGCAGGCCUUCGAUAAGCUGUCCGAGUCGGGCUUCCACAUGGUGGCGUGCAGCUCCACGGGCACCUGCGCCUUUGCUAGCAGCACCGACCAGAGCGAGGACAAGAUCUGGACCAGCUACACCGAGUACGUCUUCUGCAGGGAGUGAGCUCCCCACGCCAGCCCCUCUCCACUCCCGUGCCCACUUCCCUUCCUCCCCGCGGGGGGACAGGAUAAUAGAUGCCCUCGCUUUCUCCCUGCUUCCCGAUU